UACCGGUUCCACUACAUACACGAACAAUAUAACACGCGCAUAUUAUGUCAAGGUGGCCUAGACUUGUAUUCGCAAACAACACGUGGGAAGCCUUCUAGAUUCCGUAGUUUUGGAAUCUAUCUUCACACUCGUCUUACACUUUCGUCUAGUCGUACACAUUCAUCGUUACGUACCUAUAGCGUUUAACCGAGAUAGCAAGAACCGUUAUCGGAGUGACGAUAAGUUUUGCCAUAAUACGCACGUAAGGUAAGUGUCGUCGGAAAAUAUUCAUUAAAAAAAAAUUUGAUCCGAUAAAAAAUCACGCGAAUGCUCAUAGUCUAUAUUAUUAUGUAUAAAUAACUAUAAUGUAUAAUAUUGUAUUGUACAGAUCAGGCUCGGAUUAAGGAGGGGAGGAAGAGGGUGCCAUGGCCCCAGGCCCCUGGAUAUCUUAAUAUUAUGGGCCCCUGGUCUUGGCUGAUAGUACCGUAUAAACACCAAUAUUUUAAAUAUGUUUAUGGACCCCUAAAAUUGUUUGGCCCCAAGCUCAAAAUCAUCUUCGAAGACAAAUUGUAUUUAAUUAAACUAUUUUUCAUAUUAUUGUCUACUAAGUAAAUACAACAAACACUGGAUGAUUUUUGUUUCGUUUCUUCUAAUAUCCGUUUAACACUGUCUUAUGGUGUAUUUCAAUAGGUACAUCUUUACGUCAUAUCAUAACACAGCUAUCAUUCGUAUCUGCUUAUCUAUAUUAUAAUUAUAAUUAUUAUUGUUUAUUUCUUCGAGAAGAUAAUUGGCCCCACUGGACAGGCUCGUGUGGGAGAGUUCUACGGGUAACUAUGAGUUCAUAAUUUAUAAUAAGGAAAAUAAUACAUUCAAAUGAUAAUUUACAUUUUACUUUUUUUUUUUUACAAUUUUAGACUUAUUAGUUGAAACUCGCUUUAACAUAUUAUACAAAAUAGGUAACAAUAAUUAAUACAUAGAGACUUAAUGUAUAAUACAGUUUGAUAAAAUACAAAUGCUACGCAACUAGAUUAAAGAUAUACAAAUAUUUAAAGUUUUAAAUUUGGUUCAUUCUGCAGCCAAUUAGUUAAUUUUUUUUUAAAGGUUAUUUAAAUGAUAGAGUUGUUUUGAAUUAGAAUGAUAGCAUAUCAUAUAUUUUUGGUCCUAUAUAUGAGUAAGUAGAUUGAGUUAGUUUUCUGCGCAUUAAGGGAACUGUAAUAUUUAAUAAUUGCCUUGUGUUAUAUCCAUGAUCUAGGUGUUUGGUUAUUUUUAAUUAUAUAAACUAUCGAUGCCUUAUAGAACAAUAUUUUUUUCAUGGUAGAACAUUUAAUUCUUUGUAUAGAUAUUCUGUGUAACACAGAUUAUUAUUUUUUAAAAUAUGUUUUUAUUUUAUUUUGUAUUAUUUUUCAUGGAUUUAGUGUUGUAUCGUACGCACCUCCCCAAAUAAUAAUACCAUAGAUUCUCACUUGGUAUACAAUUAGAAUUUUCUUAAUUUCAAGUAAAUUAGCUACAUUUGUUUUAUGGUUUUUCGAAUUUGUUUAGAAAUCUAUAGCACUUAACAUAAAGAUGUAUAGGUAAAUUCAUAGUUAAUUGCAAAACAAUGAUUCCGUAUGAAAAACAAUUAUUUAGGCUUUAAAGAAGAUCUCAACUGAUUUUCAGCAUAAUUAAUGAAAAACUAGAAUUGUUUUACUCGUUGAGAGUUUAAACUGUAUACUUCGUUUCUCCAGCUUGUUUAUUUAUUUGUUUACAUACAUACACACUAUUAGAUGAUUCCCGAUACUUAUAUAUAUAUAUAUAUAAUUUCAUAAAUUAUAGAAAUUAUAGAAAUGAAAAAUGAAAAUGAGAAAAUAUUUCAAAUGAUAAACUUCAUCAAAAAUUAUCGAGAAGGAAUUAUAUCCAAAUAAAAACCUCUCAUGCCAAAUCAAAAAUCUAUUUUCAGUUGAAUAAGUAUUUUUUAUUCUACAAAUAACUGAAGGUAGAUUUUAUUAUUUAAAAAUAGUCUUACAAAACAUCAGAUGCAAACUUAAUGACAUUAGUUUUUAGAUUCGGAGCGUAAGCUACAUGUUAAAACUCGUUUAUUAUUUUUAACUAUCUACCUAAUUAACUAAAUGAAAUCCAGAAUUUGUUGCUAAUAACCUAAUCGCAAUCAAUCUAGACUGUAAAAAGACUUAUUGCUUUCCAUUCGUUUUAAUGUUAUUAUAAUAGUUAAGUAAAUAUAAUUGUAUACAUUUAUAAUAAUGAAUUACCUUCUAACACAAUGCAAUGUGUCAGUUCAGAUUGAGUACAUUUAGCCAGGAACAUCCAUGUAAACAAAACUGUAUUCUUUGUUUAUGGAUAUAUUUAAAUUUUCAAUUUAUCAAGGGUACAAUAAAAUAGUAUUCCUUAUAAUAAAUUACUCGUCCAGUGAAAGGCUACUUAUUUCAUAUUAUUUAUGACGUCAUUAACAUUGCGUUUUGUAGAAGUGGUUAUUUCAAUAAUUAAUAUUUUAAAUUAAGGAAAUUGGGCAUUGAUAAAUACCAAUGCAUUUGUAUGAUGUAUUGAUUGCUUUUAUAAAAUUUAGGUAUUUAACAUAGAUAUAAAAAUAUAUAAAUAACUAAUAUAUGUAUAUAAUGGAAUUUCGUAGGUCAAAUAAUGGAAUUAAAAAGCAGUAAAUUUAUAGGAAGCAUUCAGAUUUUAUAGAAUUUGCUAAUUAUUAUAGGAUAUAGACAAAAAUAGCAGGGUGGGCAUACAAUUUUAUUUUGUAUAUUUAAGCAAUUAAGUUAUAUAGUGCUAUUUUCUUUGCUGGUAUAUGUUAAGCAUGAUUUAUUUUAUAUUUUUUAGGUAAUUUUGAUUAACUACACUUAAUUAACGUCUUUAUUUAUUUUAUUAAUUUAUUAAUUGUAUAUUAUUAUCAUUAUUACUAUUUUAGUACUUUUAAGUGCUAUAAAAUUGUAUCCAGGCUUAUGAGUGAUUUUAAAAUUAGUGUAAAUAUAAAUACAAAAUUAAUAUUUGAUAUCUAAAUAUUUACCUUGUAUAUUAUUUACAAAACUUGUUUAGGAAAUAACAAUAACAAUAAAUAUUAAAAUUGAAAAUGUUUUAUACUGUAUAAAAAUAUUUAAAUUGAUUUAAAAAGAGUUUUAGAUUAAUAUCAAUAAUGCCAUUAUUAUUGGCUACUAUUCAGUAUUUUAUUUCAAACUGUGAACAAAUGAAUUUUGAUAUUUUUUUUAAGUAUGUAAUGCUAUUAUUUUGUCAUUUUUUUACUAAAAGUUACUAUUUGACGAAAAUUUACUUUUUUGUUAAGUAGGUACUACUUUUGUAACAAAUAUAAUAUUAUGUACUAUAUAUUAUAUAAUAUUAUAUAACAGUUCAUGUUACAUUGUUAUUAUAUAUUUUUGUUAAUUAUUUUUAACUAAUUAAUUACAACAUAUAAAAUAACGGAUUGCUUAAAAUUUUGUAACAUGUAUGCAGAGAGUCCCACCGUAUUUUCCUACCACUGUUAAUAUUCAAUAAUUUUCGUAUUUGUAUGAAGAUUACAUAUUUAGAGACAAAUUAAAUGUUUACUUUUACUGCUUUAUCACUAGAAAAAAUAAUUUUUUAUUUGUUCACUUUACAAAAUGUUCAAAAUACCUAGUCAUUUUGUAAUAAAUAUUUACAAUAUUAUUCUUAGAAAUUUAAUGUAUCAUACAUACUGCACUCAUAAGAAAAACCGCUUAAGAAAACGCUUAAUCGCCGUGAGUAAAAAAAAAAAAAUAAAAAAAUUCGGUUCUUUUAGAUUAAUAUGCCGUAUGUAUAAAUAUUGUUCUACAGUAAAACUUCUAUAUUACGGUCGCCGAAGGGACCAGAAAUAAUUUCCGCUAUUUAGAGAUGGCCCUCCUAUAGAGAUGACCGUUAACAGAAGUGCAAUACUUCUAGAUGGCCGCUAUAUAGAGUACAUAAAAAAAAAAAAAACCGAUUUCCAUAAUUUUAAAACCGUAUCUUUAUUUUUUAUUAAAUUGGUGGCUUGAGUUUUGCCUAUUCCAAAUUUAUCUACGAGAACGCGUCACAUUUUCUUUUUUAUAAUACUCUAUCAGUUUGAUUUUUUUUUUUUGCUACAGUUAGGUGUUUUCGUUUGGACACCGUCAUAACCACGUGCAAUGUUUUCAACCGAAAUUUGAAACUAAUGAAACAUAAUAAAAUAAACAGACCCGAUGUGUUCAUAGGGCUAUCGUUAAAAGUUCGAUAAGAUAACUGCCAUAAAUAAUUUGGGCGGACAUGCACUUUAAAUUUCUUAUACACUUCUUGUAUACUUCUAUACAUAUUUUCUAUUAUUUUAUCUUAUAUUUUGACCGUUAUUUAGAGUGCUCGAUAUAUAGAGGUGUUAAUGUAUUUUUCCCAAAACACUUGACGGGAUCAGAAAAAAAAAAAAAAUCGACCGUUGCAUAGAGGUGACCAUCUUUUAGAGAUGACCGUUAACGGAAGUUUUACUGUGUAUAAGUUUUUUAAAUAAAACACGUGUAAUACAGUUAAGGAUUAAAUAUUGUUGAAUAUUGAUGUACAGAACCAAAUCAAUGUAGGUUACAAUGUAUAGUAUGUAGCAGUACUAUUAGUAUAUAUUUGUGUACAUUGUAUACUUUGAUUUUAUACCGACUAUUAAGUUUUUACCUAGUGUGGGUCUAAUGAUAAAUGUAUACAAACAAUAAUGCAUUAUACCAAUAUACCAACAUAUCUAUUGUAAACAUCAUUCACCUUUGUUGACAAAGCGAUAUUUAUGAAAGUUUAAAUCAUUUUUUAAAAAAAAAAAAAUUAAAUUAAAAAUUAAAUAAUUAAUUGUUAUUAUCAAUCGUUUAACAUACAAAUAAUUAAGGGAUUUGGAACGUAAUUAGGAAAUUUAACUAGCCUUAAAAAUUCAGGUUCAAAUAAAUCCGAAAUAAAUAUACUAUUUCGACUAAAAAAAAAAAUUGGCACGACAUUGUAAACAGAAUUAUAUAUUACGGUGGUCAAGUAAUAUUUUACUACAUUUGCAUUUAACACUCACAUUUUCGUCGAUGAUUUUCAUAAAUAUUAUUUUCAUAUAUUUAUCGAUUGCCAACGAUAAAUAAAGAUACUGUUUAGAAACAUGUAUGUUUAAGUAUCCGUAUAUUAUAAUGAAAUUAUAAAACUAUUAGCUGCCUAACUAUAUUGAUUAGGCAUACAACUAAACGUAUCAUAAUAUUUAUUCGAACGUGUAAUUAUUUAAUAUUCUGCUAGUUAUGAUUGCUAAAAGGUGAUUGAUUGUUUAUUUUUUCUAAUUUCCUACGUUAUGGCGAUUAAAUUGCCUGUUCCAUUGAUCAUUUCGUAAUUAUAUUAAAAUACCCGCGAGGCAUAAUGAAAUCGAUACAAUUUCACUACUUGAUUUACCUUCCUAGAAUACUGAUCUAGUGAAACAAGCAGUAGUAUUGUUCGUACCUAUUUCAAACAAUUGAAUUGUUGGGGAAACGAGUUUUUCGAUUUUUUUUUUUUUUUUUGUUUUUCCCCGUAAAAUUAUUAUUUUAAAUCAUUUUUUUUUUUGCAUUGUUUAUUAGUCAUAGUCAUUCUUUAAUUUAUCGAAAUUUUUUUUUUACCAAGUUUAUUUUUUCUGUACUAUUCUUUAGGACAUGCUACAUACAUGUGCAUAUUGUGUUUUCUACUAGUAUUUGACAAUAUUUUGGUCAAUAUAACCUUUUUUUAAUGAAUUUUAAAGGUAUUUUUAGUAGAGUUUCCACUGAGGAAACAAAAAUUCAGAAUGAUCUAAUUACACCGAAUAUGAAAUACCCUCAAUUUUAAAAAUUUGACAUUUACUGCUUGUUUUACUAGAAGAACAUUAUAUACUUGUGAAUAAGGAAAACAAAUGUUUCACUCAUCUAUACCAUCUAUAUUAUUAGUAGGGAUUUUUGUUAUACUAUAUGUCCAUAUUACACUUCUGUUGUCAUAAUAUAUAGUGGGCGUAUAAAACCUAAAAUGUUAAACUACUAAAUACCAUUACAAUCAAAUUUUGUUUUCAUUUAACAAUAAUAAAAUAAAACGAUUGUAUUGGGUUUCUUUGUUAUGUAUUUAAUUGGCAAACGAGUUUUAUUCGAAUACGUAAGAAUGACAUCAAAAAUGGAAUUAUCACGCAAUUCAGAAAACAAAAAAAACCGUUCACAGUGUUUAAUAAACGUUUUACGUGAACGCAAAUACUGAAACUCACUGUGUAUACGCUUGUUGUGUAACAGUAUAUAAGGAGUGAAAAUUAAAUCUCUGGUAGACUAUACACGACUGUUGUAUAAAGCGUGUUUUGGGUGGAAGUGCGGCACAACAAAUCUGGACAAGCCGGCCUAAAUCUAAAAAUGUCUCCAUCAAUUAAUUUAUGUGAUGUAACAUAGAAUCAUUGUAGACAUUGAAUAGGAAAAAAUAGUGUUUUCGAACAAAAAUAAAAUUAAUAAUAAUAACAAUAAUACGGCAUGUUAUAUAGAACCAAUGUAAUAUUAGCAUACACCAAAUUGGAUUUAUCAUUUUGUUAAUGGGUUAUGUGUAAGAUAGACAAUUUUUGUUUAAAACGACGAACAGCUUAUAGAAAAGAUGAAAAAGUUAUUAAUAUAGGGGACAUAGGUACAUUUUAUUAUUAAUAAAUUCAAAAAGACGUCCUAAGAUAAUGGAGAUGGGUGCAGACACUGUUAUAGGUAAUUUAAUGUAUAUCUGUAAGCAACGAUAAUCUAUUGCUAACGAAAAACGAUUCUGAGCGAUUUUGUUUAUAAAACAAAUCAUACUUAUCUUUUCAUUUAUUUAUUACCUAUAUGACAAAUUAAAUUCAUCAUUUGAUGUUUCUGAGCUACAUAAUAAUAUCAUCAACAAUCCCAAUUAUAAAUCGUAUUUUUUAUUAAUCGCGCGUAUACUUAAAGGAGAAAGUUAUUGGCCGUGAUAAAUGCUGUUUUUUCUAUAAUAUAUGAUUUCGAUAAACAUUAUAUUGGUUUCAGAAAUUCGCAUUUGAUGUUCAAUUAUCGACCUAAAUAAGCACUACAAAGUUAUAUAAAAAAAACCAAAUAAAGUAUCUGUAUCAAAGGAGGUCAAAACCAAUUGCAACUAUUAAAAAUAUUUGUGUAUCUCUUACUGUUUGCAAAAUUAUAAAUACUCGAUAUGUAUUGUUAAAAAGUCUCGUGAUUAUUUUAGAUAAAUAUUGAAAAAAAAAAAAUGUAUAAAAAAGAAUACAUUCUGCAAUCAUGUAACAUUACGACACCCGCAGUAUUCAACUUGUUAACAGAUCAAGGUGAUCAAUUUUUAAUACGUUUCAUUUGUCGUUGGAUAUCUUGUGAUUUGUUAAUAUUAGAAUUAUAAAAAUAUUUAUUUCUAUUCUUAGAUUUCAAAUGCUCAUUACCUCGAUAUAUAUAUAUAUCUUAUACUAUACAUACUAUACAAUCAAAACUGGGUUAUAGUUACCUAAUUUAUGUAGGUAACUAAAUUAUCUUGGUUACCUAGUUACUCAGAUUAAUUUAUUUCGGAUUUUCGGUUAAGCAUGUUUUGAAAGGAUGUCGUAAAAAUUAUUAUGAUUUUCAUAAACAUUUAUUCUUAAAAUUUAAAAAUAAAAGAAUAUUACUUAGUUACGCCCAACUUUUUUUAAUGCUAAUUGAAACUUGAUGAAUCACAAAUUAAACUAUAAAAAAACAUUUAUGUUUGUAAAAAAAAAAAAAUGUAUCCUCAUAAAUUCAAAUAUAAACUAAAAAAACUCGAAAAUGGCAAAUGCCUAGAAAUAAAAAAGAUUGUGAGGUUGUUUAAACAAUUUUUCCACGUCUAGACAAACUCAAUAAAAAUAUUCUGUGGAAGUUUUGUAUGUCUACGAAUAUUUUCAAUCGAAUUACAAAAACAAAAACCAAAAUUAAAAAUAAUAAAACCGUUAUUUCCAUAAACUUCAUCGGUUUCGUCUAAUUAUUAAGAAAACUACAAGGAAAAUGUAAAAAUAAACUCUGUCUUUAUUACACCAACUUAAUCCAACAUUUUUUGGAGUAAGCUUUAUGUUGCCCUCAAUUAUAAAGAAACUUUUUAUUUACCAAUGAAAUACAUUUUUAAUUUUUUGAGAAUGAUAAUAAUAAUUGUAGUAAAUGUUUAUAAUCCUCCCACUUUAAAUUUCUAUAAGAUACCUAUGUCAAAAAAAUGACAUUUCACUUCAAGGUUUAAGACAGGUAUUUAAUAAAUAAACUUGUUUUAAAUAACAUUACAUAAUACAUUAUUAAUAUUUGAAUUUCGGAUUUACGGAUUGUAUAGACCUCUGUGACAUCGCGGUGCAUAAUUUAGGAACCACCUACGUUUUAUACAAUUCAAUAUUUUCAAUGAUUUUUCUUAUACUUGUGUCGGAAAAACGGUGAAAUUUACAUAAUUAUGAAUUCAUAAUUUAUUAUGAACACAUUUUAUUGAAUUUAUUAUAAUAUGUUUAGGGCGAUUUUUUUUGAAUUCAGCUUUUAAUUUCUGUGUGAAGCGAGGAAUGUAUUAGUUUUACAAUAAUGUUUAUAUUUUGUAUAUAUUUUUUUUAUUUGUUUUACUGUGUACAAAAUUUUUACCAUAAAUAUUACUCUAAUAGGUAAACGACAAGAGACCUUUUAUUGUUUCAUUUUUAAUCUAGUUGGUGACUAAGAGUGUAAUUUUUUGAUUUUCUCUUAUUUUUUAAAUAAUUGAGGAAACUCGAAAAAUACAUAGGAAGAACGGGACAAUAAUUCUUUUAACAAAUUUUAUCUUUUUAAUGUAAUUCAGUUCAAAAUAUUCGUAGAGACUUAAAAUGUUGAUAUAAAACUUAUGUUUACUUUUUCUAGAUGUGGUAUAACUUACAGAACAUUUGAGCCAUUUUCGAGCUAUUUAUAGACAUUUUAAUUUUGCGAGUUCUCAUUACAUAAUUUCUAAUCAGUAGGUACUGUGGUUAAAAUUGUUAGACACAAAUAGGAGUGGUUGAAAAUUGUACUGUAUGUUCAUUAUGAGCUUUUUUUAGUGGCCAACAAGAAAAAGUUAAGUUUAAUGUAAUAUAUAUUUUUUUUAAUAAGAAUCUGAAAAUCAAAUUUCGAUGAAAAUCGUGAUAUUAUGACUUUUUAAAACAUUUAUAUACGAACUCCGCUCAGAAUCGUUUUUCGUUAGCAAUGAUUGACCGUUGAAUACAGAUAUGAAUUUAAAUUCCCCUCUAUAUUUUAUCUUCCCAAUUUCUCACCUACAGCAGUGGCUCACCCAUCGUGCGAAGUAUGUUGUUUUUUUUUUACUUAUAAACCCGAAAUAAAAAACCGAAUCUGCGGCAAUACGCAUUGAACGAAAAACGAAAAAUUGUAUACAGGUUAUAAAAUUAUAAAAUUAUUGGUAUAGGAUUCAAUGCUCAUAUUGUAUAAUAUUAUUGAACUUGGACUUAAUAGCAUGUAUUACGUGAAACGAUUAAAUUGAAUUUCAUAUUGUAUUCACCUAACGGAAAUUUAAAUCAUGAACGAACAAUGCAUUGUUUCGCUGUACAAAUUGAUAAUUUGAAAUUACGUAUUUUUACCAGAACGCUUAAUACGUAUUCUUAUGCCCUUUUACAAACAUCGAUUUGGUUCGAUUAGAAAGUAUAUAGGUACAAUGCGUGUAUUUAUGGACUCUUUGUUGAAUGUUGGUACCUACCGCUAUCAAAUUGGUAUUUGAAUGUCAUAUGAAGUAAAUAUUAACGAAUGAAAACGAGUUUUAAAUUUUUUGUUUCCUCACGCUCUUACAUGGAAAUGAAUAUAUUAAUUAUUAUCGCCGGAGUAUACUGUAAUGUGUACCUUAUUUCGCACAAGGUUAUUAGAAUAUCAAUAUUAUCUGAUGCGAUCAUAAUUCAUAUUACAUUUAUAAUAAGGUAAAUCAAACUCACGUAACACUAUGUCCAUUAACAGGUACACACAUGAAUCCAAACCUUGAUUUUAUAAUUAAUAGGCUCAGUAUAAUUUAUAAUGUAUGCACAUGCAACCUAUUAUUAAAAAUAAUGUUUUACAGUCGAUGCUCGAUAGUUCUGAAAUUUCGGUAAUUUGAAUUUAAUGCUCGGUUCCUUAAACAUAUCGCGGUAAUCCGAACGUUAGAACUAUAAGAAACUGUAAGAAACAUUAUUAUUGGUUUUUUUUUUUAACAUAUUUCUUAAAAUACAACAAGCAAUAAUUGUUCCAUUAUUAAAUUAUUGAAAGAAAGUGAGAACUGGUAAUUUUUUAAAUGUUCAAAUAAGUAAAAGUUAUGUACAUUAUAAUCUUAUCAAUACAAAAUCCAAAAAAUAAAUAAUGUAGCCCAGAAUGAGCACAAGCUGUUUUCAUUAAAUUUAAAGUGAUAUUAGUGUUUUUUUUUUUUUUUUUAUGACUAGUAUUUAGGGUGAGGAGCAGAAUAAUAUUAUUCCACUUAAAAUGGAUAUACAAUGGCACAAAGUUUGGUAUCGGUAGUUAAAUUUUAGAUUAGAAACCAUGUAUUCAUUAUGUAGUAUUAAUAUUUUUGUGUUUCGCCUUAUUAAAUACAAAUUUGAAUAAAGAGUUUAAACUUUAAAGCGGUUUCAAAUUUACAAAUGUGUGAAUUACACAUUACAAACACAUUAAGCAUUACACUAAAAGACAAUACUACAAGAAGUCAACGAUUGAACUAGCGAUUUAUACACAAUCACUUUAAGAUUAUUAUUAAUUUUUUUAGAAAUUUGAACACAAAGACAAAUGUAUGAACCGUUUCGUUAAUUGAGACAAAAUGACGUGUACGUUUUAUUUGAAAAGUUCAUUCAUAUUAUAUAAAUGUACAUUUAUAGAAAAAAAGUGAAUAUUUUACGAAAAUAUUACCUAUGUACCUAAUUAAAAACCUACUAAUAACUUUUUAAUUUUAAAUCCAGUCACCACAAAUUUAUAACUUUAUUUACUUUCUGAUCAAUUAAAACAAAUUUGUUCAAGUUGAAUUCGUUGGAAAAAAUUACUUUUUAAUUCGGUCACGUCAGAUUUGCUUGAGUGCGUCCUGAAAUGAUCCUUUUUCAACGUCCCGACUCGAGAUUUCUAAGUGCGUUCGGAAUAUGAGAACACCCGAGCACGUCCAAGAAAAAAGAUCAAAUUUUCAACGUAGCCCUAAUGCGUCCCAGUUCAUUUAAAGUACCCAGUGUACAUCACGAGAAUGUCUUUAUUUAUUAUGUAGUCAUUUUUAAACAUUAAAAAUGUUGUCCAUACAAAAAGCUUGUGUUUAAAUGCCAUUCUUUAGACAAGAUUCAAUUUAGAUAUUUCACGAGUUCGAUAUUUGUUAAUAUUUUCUUUGGUAAGUACAAUUUUUUUGAGUGUAUUUCCUGUGGCGGCCGUUCGAAUUGCUAUUUCAGUGUCAACUGAAUUUUUUUUCAAUAUUUCUUAAUAUAUAUAAAUAUCUGGGUAGUGGGUUAAAAUAUAGAAUUUGUCAAUGAGAUUCCGGACGUACUAGGAUGGUUCUAUAUAAUUUGUCGAUAAGAUUUCAAACGCACUCGAGAUAUUCCCGGUUACGUAGACAUGUAGUGCGGAUAAAAAAUUAAUUAUUGAACCGCUAUUUCGGUUACCGCUGCAGUUUGAAUGUAAAUAUUUAUAUCACGACAAUAAUAAUAAUAAUAAUAAUAAUACAGUAUUCGCCCGUUGUGUUAAUGUUGACACAGCGUGUAGUACCUAUAUAUGUAAAUUUAUUGCGAAACAUACGAGUUUAAGGCGCAGCGUAGGUACUCGUUGCAAGAUAGUCACUGGCAUUCCAUAUUAUACUAAUACACAAUAUAUAUUAUAAUAAUAUUGUUUUUAUUAUUAUAGCCGUAGGGUUAUUAUUUUUUAAUAAAACGAUAUGAAAAAUAAAAAAAUAAAAAUAAAUUUAAGUCAUUUACGACGAGGCUUGUAUACAGAAUGAUCAAUAUACCGUAAGACACUCAUUUGUACGCAAACUAUUAAAUAUUUUUCGGAAAUGUUCUGUAAGAUAUUUAUGAAACAAUAAGCAACUUUAUAUUACAAAUUCUAUAAAUAGAGCAUUAAAUUAAAAAUGUCAACACAAACAUUUAUUUAAACUAAAAUUUGAUCUAUUUAUAAAAUGAUCAAUAUAAGUUUCUAUUUGAAAAUCAAGAAUCGGUAGUGGUUUCAUUGCCAAAACUAGGGAUGAGAAACAGUGUAACAUUACAGAGCCACUUGUUUCUUAAAUUUUCUAAACAACAAAUUCCGAAAAAAAGUUAUGAUUUUCAGAGAUAAUGAGUGUCUUAUCCUUUUGUUGAUCACUCUGUAUUAUAUGUGCUUAAAUUUUUAUCUGUUCCAAUAAUAUACCUGAUAGUAUAAAUUCAAAUUGUUUGAAUAAUACUAUUUUUAUAAAUAUUAUUACGUCAUUAAGUAUCAUGUUAAAAUAUUAUUAUUAUAAGAUUAUUAUAAGAUCUGAACAGGAUAUUUGAUGCUCUGGGUUUUAUUUCACCUGGGUUGUUGGAGGAUAAAAUCCUUCUUUAGUAAAUAUGGAUUGGAUAGCAAAGGAUUGGGAUUGCCCAGUGUCUUCCGACAUUCAAGGUCUAUGGAUGAUGUUUUGCAGCAAACUAGAGCAACUUCAAAGAAUUUUAAUUCCAAGGAAGGUUUAUUCAGAAUUAACCAAUGAAUUCCAGUUACACGGAUUAUGUAAUGCCUCGCAGGAGGCAUACGGUGUUUGCCUACAUGUACAAUCAAAAACCCAGGGCGGUGAAUGGCAAACAAGGCUCUUAUGUUCUAGAACUAGAGUAGCGCCACACAAGGGUUCUACUAUUCCGCGGUCGGAACUUUGCGGAGCAGUGCUGUUAGCCGAGUUAGCAAAAAAGGUGGCUGAUUCAUGGGCACUAAAUAUAAGGGAUUUCUGGCUCUGGACUGAUUCUACCAUUAUAUUAGGUUGGUUGUAUAGCUAAUACGAUCGUUUAAAAACCUACGCCACCAAUCACGCAAGUCAAAUAUUAGAAAUAAGUGAAGUUAAGCAGUGGCAUCAUGUUCAAAUAGGCGAAAACCCCGCUGAUUUAGCUUUAAGAGGACCAAACCCAGGUGAGUUGUUGGUUUCAGAAUCUUGGUGGAAUGGGCCUCGUUGGCUAAGUAAAUCUGAGAGUAUGUGGAUUCCAUCGCUCGUAGAUUUGAAGGAGGAAGAAUUACCAGAACAACGUAAAAUCAAACUAGCUCUGGUGGCAUAAAACCAGUACACCGACUUGGUAUACAUAAAAUCAGAUUAGAACCAGCUAGUAUGCACCACCGUUUGUUUAUCAUUGUUUGUGGUUUAUCUAAGAGUUAAAAAGAAUAUUAAAGUAUCCAAAUACCUGACCGUUACGCAUCUAAAGAAAGCAGAGACUAUUCUCUUGAAAAUAGUGCAAGAUGAGUGCUUUAAUAAGGAAGUAAUUGCGUUAGCGGACGGUAAAGAAGAAGCACGUACAAGCAAGCUAAAAAGUUUAUAUAUUUUCAUGUAAGACGCUAUAAUUCUAGUAGGAGGGUGGUUACAAAAUUCAGAUGAUAGGAGGUAUGCCAGGUUGAAGCAUAUCUUAAUUUAAGACCAAUCCCACCGGUGGGUAGGUAAUCCAGAUGAGCCUGAAGCUCUUACGCCUGCCCACUUUCUGGUUGGAGAACUAUUGAACUUGUCUUCAGAGCCUGACAGGCUUCCAGAAGUGCUAGGUUGGUUGAGGCGUUGGAAGCAUGUUCAGUGUAUCCUACAGUUAUUCUGGUGGAGAUUGUAUACCGAAUAACUACCGCAAUGUCAGGUGAGCGGUAAAUGGGUCAACACAAAGCAACCAUUGAAGACUAACGAUACAGUUAUCGUAACAGAAGAUAAUCUACCACCAACGAAAUGAACUUAGGUCGGAUAGCACAGGUUCAUCUGGGCAGAGAUGGUAUAAUAAAAGUCGUCACAUUUCGUAUCGCAUCGGGUGCGGAAAUCAAAAGACCUACUGUGAAAUUCUGUGAAAUACUCCCGACUGAAGCGGACACACAUCCUGAUUUUCAACGUGGGUAGAAUGUUGCCGCCGCAAAUUGAGACGGAAAUAAAUAAACAUUCACGGUCACGGUAGGGAAAGCAGGCAUACACAUACAUAUACAAAUUAGAUUAAGUAUUUGUUAAUAAUUACUGUUAGUAGUUUUAAGUUACGUAAGAGAUUAAUGCCGUACAGCGGACCGGUGUACCUAUACCGUAAAUUCCCGAAUUUAUUUUAUCUGCCUAUAUCUAGUAAUAUAAUUUUACAUAACGUAAUUUGUUUGAAAAUUGUUCUAAUAACAUCUGUCAUAGCGAUACCCGGGGUGUAUUAUAAUAUGUGUACUUACUGAAAUAUUAUACUACACAGGGAAAAAAAAAUGCACUCUUGUACUCGUAUUUUCGAAAUAAAUUAUAAUAUAUUAAGUAGGUACCUAUUCGUCAAUCGUAUUUAUCAGCACGAAAUAAAUUUUUACAAAUCACCCGUAAUUAGUUUAUAGAAAUUUACAGGAUUUAUUUAAAAAAACUAUAAAAAAUCUGCGCGUGACCAUAUAAACGGACUUCGACCAUAUUCGAUUUGUUGAUUAAUACGUUUAUACCGAUUUCGGAAAAAUACAUUUAUAUUCUUAGUAUAAAGAAUAUAGAUAGGGUUAGACUGUAUCACAGCAUACAUGCAUCAAAUAUACAAUUAUAUCCUGUAUCUUAUGGGCAAAAAAACAAACACCGAAACACCCUUUCGUAAUAUUAGUAUGGAUAUGGAUUAAAAUUUAAAACAAGUCUUUUAAGUUAUAACAAAAUAUGCAUCAAACAGAUCUUGAAUCAUGAAAAUUCAAAAAUUUAAAGAAACUUUUUAAAAAAAAUUGGUCUGUUCAAUAUUUAGAACAUUUUACUUUUUAUUAGGUGUGUUGAUAAUGUUUUCGAGUAAUUAUUUUUCUCCGUAAUAAAAUAUUUAAUAACAAUAUAAUUUUGGAAAAUAUAUUUAAAUAUGUUACUUUUAAGUUUUUUUUGAUUGAAUUUAGUUAUUUAGUCACUUUUUAUAUUAGCUUUAAUCACUUCCAGCCAGGGACUGACUCAAUUGUUUUACUUACAUGUUCUGGUUCUAAUCCAGGUUUUCGUAAAAUACAAAUCGAACGUUAAGGUUAGGGUUCCGGUUAAUAAUAGUUUCGAAUCAGUCCCAAGUAUUUUGUUCCUCUAUUCUUUAGUAUCUAUGCUAAUAUGCCAAUAUUAAUUACAAUUCUGAUGUUUUACUGUUCUUUAUUGAAUAUUUACUUUUAAGUUGAGUUACAAUAAUAUUGGGUUUUUAUUUGAUAAAUAUUAAUUUUAGGGUAGCUAUCGACCAUAUCAACUAGCGCAACCAAAUAUUAGAUACAACUAUAGGUAAUUAGGUAUAGCUUUUUACUGAGUACAAUUUAUUAUGUACUUACUUACCUAUAUUAUCUUUUAUUGUUUAAUUUAUUGAGGAAACAUUAUACUAUAUUAAAUUAAUUAAUCUUUUAAAAAUUAAAAAUUAAAAUAGAUCAGAAUAAAAUAUUAAAAAACAAAAAUAUAAAUCGAAAUUAGUGUCAUCAUUCUAAAAGGGGUAUUUAUUAUUAAAAAAUAUAGGUUCCGGUUAUUCGAAAAUAUUUAAAUUCGGUUCCGAUUCCCAAUAUUCCAAGUUUUUCGGGGGGUUCCAGUCCCUGCUUCUAGUCCCUGCUUCUAGCUCUGAAAAUGUAAAAACUUCAACCCUCACACCGUCGUCACAAUGAUGAACACAAUGAACACAAUGAUUUCGAUGUUUCUUGACCCAAAUUUUGGAUCGCCCCCGAGGCUAAAAACAAUAAAAAGUAAAAAUAUAAUGUUAUUCGCGUUGAAAAAAAAAAUCGCCUAAUCACUCCUAACAACCACGAGCCUCUACUGGUCUGUAGAUAUACACUUAGAUACUUUAUUGGUAUACUUUUAUAUAGCUAUUCUAUUAUAUAUAUAUAUAUAUAUAUAUAUAUAUAUACAGAGUGAUCAACAUAAUGCGAGGCAUUUUUUAGACCAUUUAUAAAAUAAGUAACUGUAAAAUUUUACAUUAAUAUAUAUUUUUUUUUUGUCGCUUUUUAGAGAGUGAAACCACUUUUGCAAAUUGCAUGUUAUGUAUAUUAAAUAUGAAAUAUAUUAUGUGUAGCGGCACGAUGAGUGGAAUUUUAAUAGUGUUCCACCACUACUGACACGUACAAGUGAAUACAUCGUCAACGGGUUGACAGAAAUCGAAAAUUUCAAAACCAAAAUUUAUUUAAACUCCAUCUAUCAUUCUAUCAUUACCACUCCAUCUAUUUAUGGAAUUUUUAUAGAAUUUGAAAAUCAAAAGUAGAUAGUGGUUGCACACCUUAAAAUAUUGGUGACGAAAAAAAAAACCGUAAUGUAACAUUUUAGAGCUAUUCUCUUUUUAUUCUCAGAUUUCUUAAAAAAACAAAUUUCGAAAGAAGUUUUAAUAGUCUCACGUUAUGUUGAUCACGUUGUAUACAUAUAUAUAUAUAUAUGUUUAAUUAUCAACGUACAUAUGCGCUAAUGGAAUUAUUAAUAACGUAAUAUUAUAUACCUACAGUAUCUACAGCUAUCUACUGUACGCACAAUAAAUAAUUAUUAAUCACGAAUUGAUCAAAACAAGUAGGGUACUCAUAUUAGAAAAUAACUGUGAAAGAUAAUGAAAUUAUUAUUAUUUAUUUGAUUAUUGUUGUCGGUUGAUUAUUAUAGACGCGGCGAUGAGCACGUAAUAUUAUUAUAUUAUUUUUCGGACGACCGUAGUUGAUCAAAGUCCUGCAUGGGUUACGAAUUUUGACAUUAUAUUAAUACAAUAUAAAUAAUAAUAUUAUUAUGUCUUACUUCUCGCGUGAACAGAACGAUAAGUAUUUUGAAUGUAUUAUUGUUGUUGUUGUUGUUGUUGUUGUUGUGCGGACUUCGGAUCGCAUCAAACGUAUUGUUUCUUUGUAUGAGUGCUUAAGACUUUUAUGGGUUACGUAUCUGCAGACUUCACGUCGCGGUAGAAACGUCGAUCGACUGGUGUUUCCUAGCGAGCGGCUCCCGGGACAUUUUCAACAUUAUUAUAACAUUGAACACAUUCUCCGUGAUCCAGGAUUACCGAUACUGGUAAUGGGUAAUGUGAACAUAUGAUAAUAUUGACUUAGAAAACGGGCGGUGAGUCUUUCUUGGAGCCGAACGCCAAUAUAUUGCGACCAAAGUUUUUAAAAUAUCGUUUCUGUGAUUCAAAAAAAAAAAAACCGACCCAGGGGCAUAUUAUGUAUGCCACUCCCCCUUCCUAAUUACUAAUAUUACACUUAUUUCAUCCAUAAUCGUAAUUUUUUAAUAUUUUCUGCUCAUUAAAUGUUCGUAAUAUACAUUUCUAUUCUAAAAUUUAAUAAUUAAUAAAGAAGAGUGGGAGUGAUCGGGCGCAGUGUUAGGCGUCAAUGUAUUUGGAGCCGCCCGUCCGACACUUGGUCACGGGCGCUUCUUUUGCCGGGCGAGAAAUUAUGUGGUAAAAAGGAGCCACCAUCUUCUCUAGCGACCGAUUGACGACCUGUCCCGGAUAGCGAAUUCGUCUAUAAGUCCUCUCAUGAGUAUUUGACUUUCAAGGCUCGUUAAACUAAACGAGAAUGGACAAUUAAUAAAUUAAAACCGUUUAAAUAAUUUUGUUUUGAAAUUUUUUUUUUUUUUUUUUAUCUCUUUAUUUAUAAUCUAUAUAACAAAAAACACAAUAAGCAAAUGAGAUAUAAGAUAAUGUAAUAACGUGGUGGACGAGAGUGGGGAAAUCGUUUAACAACAGAACCUCCUAAAAAAAAAAAAAAUUAUUUUUUUAAAUUAUUUUUUUGGAUAUUUAUGCAAAAGUAACUCUUGGCCAUUUUUUUUUUAAGUUUCUAGGUAAAUUGUUAGGCGCGGUGUCCACUGGUGCGAUGCGAUAGGUGAUGCAAUAAAAAUCGCCCGAUACGAUUUUUAUCGGCGUAACACUCGGGUGCCCACCGGAGAGAACAGAUAAGCGAUACGAUACACAUUUUCAGUCGUGAUCAUGAGCUCUUCGGAGGAGGAUGUCAUUCUUGCCUACCGAUACCUUCGUCAGCGGAAAUUGAAAAAAAGAAAAUAUUGGAUACAUCCAUAUAACUUUAAUAAUAUUAUACACAGUUCGGCAGUGGUGUCCCGCGAACUCUCUCAAACACGAAACCAAAUUUAAAGAGUUUUAUAGAAUGACCUUAGAAAGCUACCGGAUAUUAUUGCGACUAGUAUCAAAAAAACUUGAAAAAAAAUGAAUACGAAUUUCAGAUUUGCAAUAUCCUGUUAUAUCAGUCCUUGAAUAUGUCUUCAAAGAAUAGUUCCAUAAACAUGGAUUUUGUUCUACUAAUUUUACAAAAGAAAUAGCAGCGCUGCGGUCUUCUUGUGUAGUCGACAUCGUGACAAAUCGCGCGAUACUGUCGCCGAGCGACCGACAAGCUGUGCAGCCCGCAUCGAUACGACACCGAUAAUUAUCGUUUGCCGCUUUGUAAUCGCGCCAGUGUGCAUUGUUUUAGUUGUUUACGAAGAAAUAUACGUAGUAAGCGAUACGGUUUCGAAUUUCUUAUCGUAUCGCCUAUCGCAUCGCACCAGUGGACACCGCGCCUUAGGAAUAGUUAAUGACGGCACACGAGAAAUUAAAGGAUUUUGGUUUGAAUGGAAUGAAAUUUCUUACUAAGUCUACUCACUAAUUCGUUUACUGUUGACAGUGGCGUGGUGAACUCAAAUGUUUUUUGAGACAAGUAUAUUUUUCGAUACUCCCCCCCCCCACCUACUCAAAGACUACCCACAUUGAACGCUGGAUUUUUAUCUCUCUAUGAAAAACAUUUAUGGGGGGAGGAGGGAGAUUACCUUUCGUAAACAAUUUUAAAAACAUAGCAAUAAUUAUAGGUAAGAUAAAUUAAAAUAACACGAAAUUUGACAAUAUUUUUUAAAAGAUUACUCUCCCUUUAAUAGUGUUAAGUUGCACAACAAUUCAAAUAUUAAUAACCAUAAAUUCUGAUCUGUAGACUUUGCGAACAUGUCAAUUGCAACAUUACGAUCAAUUUCAACAUCUUUUCAGAGCUAAUAUAUGUAGACUUUUCAACUGAUUCUGCCCAAUAUUUGACCAAAGCCUAGAUUAAAUUAGUUUUACCUGAAAUCAUUAUAGUGACAAUUUGUAUUUUGAGUAAAAUUGGAUUUAAAAAAAAUAAUACUAGGUUAAUAAAAAUAUAAAAUAAUACGGUUGAUAAUAUUGUUAUAAUCUAAAUUGUACAAUAUGAAAAUGCUAUUCAUUUUUUGUUAUUCGUUUAUAAUUAUGAAACUAAAUUAUUACCCACCCGCCCAGUGGGCCCCUCCACCCAUUUGCCACACCACUGGCUGUUGUCAUUUGUAUAUCAUUAUGCAGUUGCUUUGAUGGUUAUAUACCAAUGAACUCCAGAUAUUUGUCUAAUGCUUCUAUACUUCUUAUGUUAAAAGGCUUGGUUACAUAUUUGAAUGCCGUGUGACCAGAGUAUUCUAUUAUACCUUCUGUGUUAUAAUAGUGUUUUAUAUUAAUAAUUUGUUUUUUUAAAUGCAUCGAGUUGGACAGUAAAGGACGAAGGAGAUGAAGACGAAUAUAUUUUAUUUUUUAUAUGUUGGUUUAAUAAUUAAAAGUUUGUUUUAUUCAAAACAAAUUAAUAUAACAAAAUAUUAAAUAAUAUACAAUUCACAUAACUAUUAACAUUAAUGAUCUUUUGAAUUGUGUUUAUAACUUUGGAAACGAAUGCAUUGAUUUAAAAAUUCAUUAUUUAAAUCAUUUCUAUACAUUGAAUUAGUAGCCGUUCAAUUUACUUCUGACUUUUUUAUACUUUCAAGUUUUAAAAAGAAACUACACUUAGUUAUUACUUCAUACUAGGGUUCGGAUUUAUAUGCAUUAGAAAAACCCAAAAUAUGUAAAUAUACAUGCAUAUAUGUAAUAAAAAUUUUUUUACAUGCAAAACCAAGCCCUAUUAAUUGCAUUAUCAUGUGCCAACUUUUUAGUAUAUACAUUGUACAUUAUUAUUAUAUUCAUUAAUAUGCAUUCUUAGGUAUAUCAAUAGUUCAAGGCAGUAGAUACUUAAAAUUUAAGCAUUUUAAUUUCCAGAUUUUUACUUUUCAGAUUUGUAUAUUCUAGAUAUGUAUUUGUAUGCGUAUUCCCGUAAUUUUUACGAUUUUCGUCGAAAUUUGAAUAAUAAACACGUAUAUAAAAAAACGACAACAUAAUGCUUAACAUUUUGUUUUACUACUAAGUACAACCUUUGAUCAACCUCAUGUACCUUAGCCAAAACAAUCUUAUCCGCAUAAAACCGAAAAAAAACCCAUUGAAUAUGUCAUAUAAAUAUAUCCUUGGUUGUGCUCAGAAUUUAAAAUCCAGUUGUAAUACCAAAACUCCAUGUUUAGGUAACUUUUCGGGUGUUAAAUUUUGGAAAAUCUGCACCAUUUCAUCCGUUUCUGUAUGCAUAUUUUCAGAUCUCUAUCUAGUGAAAUCAAUUCGGUUUUGGAUCCCACACAUUGGAUUCUAUCAUUAUAAAUUAGUAAAACGCAAACAUAUGUGUAAUAUAUCGACGUAUCCCCAUAUUAUGGAAUAUUGUCUAGUAACCGCUUGUAAUGAUCGAAAUGACAUGGUCGUUAAUUUGGUAAAGUUAUACGAGAAACGCGCCUGUAACGCUGUGAAAUAAAUCUUCUUGUUUUUUUUUUCACCAUUAUUUAUUUACACCAUAAUAUUAACAAUAUUAUGUACAUUAGUAUAAUGUCCAGCAAGAAUUACCUUGCGAUUUUAUUAUUCACGUGAUUUUCCAGUUAAUAAAAAUGUAGUCAUCGAAUGUUAUUGUUUUUACCGAAACGUACAUAUACAAACUAUAGGUACUUCUAUUGUACCUAUUGUUCUUUGUUCAAAUUUACUUACAUUAUAUUAUUUGAUCGUUAUCUAUUAUAAUAAUGUAGCAAAAAAAAAAAAAAACAAAUCGUUAUUUAGAAAAAAGUUUUUUUUUAAACAGGUAACAUUUGUUUUAAAUAUAUUUAAAUACCUAAUUAAUGAUACCUAAUAGCAAAAUCGAUGACGGUCGGGUAGAAUACCUAUACCUGUAUACAUACUUCCAUAUUUCUUGUUUAUGAAUAUUUUUUCGCUACUCCACACGGAAAAUAUUAAAGACAAACACUAAUAAGCACUGUUUGUUUUAAAUAGUUAUAGGUAGGGAGAAUUUUGCCGGUAUAGGUCGUAGUAGUAGGUAGGGAUAUAUUAUGAUAUUUGAAGUAUCCUCCGAAAAGUAUUUUAAUAAUAAAAUCUUUCCGUUGUUGAUCAAUAAGGAAAGAAUAUACUACCUAUUCAGUUUUGAAUCACCGCAAGAGAAAGUAUUAUAAAUAAAUAGUUCUUUUCAAAAAAUUGUCCACUUAUAUGUUCAAAUCGUAUACGGUUCAACAUCAGGUGCGUAUAAAUAAAUAAUGUACGAUUUAUAAGUAGGUAAGUUGUACAAAAUUUUAAUAAUAUUUUCAUAUAGGUACAAAUAUAUUAAAUAUUAUGAUUUGUCAUAAGUUACAUAUUAUUUUAAAUUAAAUGUGCUCUAACAGCAGAUAUAAACAGUAGGUAGACUUUAUCUUUAUUGUUAGGUAUAUUUCAAUGUUGUUUCCAGUAGGUAUGUCAGUUUUAGAGCAGUUAAUGUCUUUCGGACAAUACGAGUACUCAGGCGGUGUUGAUGUAUCAAUAUAUUAUCAUGACUAAUAUUGUUGUUAGCUUAUCCGUGGCAAUUUUUAAUCUAAACCAAAAUUAUUAUUUAUCAGUGUUUAAGUAUUAAAAUAUAAUUAGAAAUGUUGCAAGGGAACAACAUUAUUGAUUUGUAGACAGUUGACAUUUAAUAUUAAAUUGCCUAACUCGCGUAUGUUUUUCAGACAUGUCACCCACUAAGGUUUCCGAAAUGUCCGCCGGAUAUUUUUCGCAUGGUUCACAGUCGGAAAUGACAGAAGAUUGGUGCCGGCCUCCAGAACCAUGCACUUUGCCGAAAGACGUACAGUUGGUUGCUUUGAAAGAGUUACGAGAAGAUGAAAAUAUCCGUACUCAAAGUUUAUUGGCGUUCCGCCAGUGGAUAUCGAAAAGCUCGGACGUCCAAAAUAUCAAUACCGGUACGAAAAAUAACAUAUUGAUCAUUACCUAAUCGUCAUAAUCAAUGUAUUUAUUAUUAUUAUAAUUCUGUGAAAUGUGAAUUCUAUAAAGUUAAAAAUUUAAUCGCUACACAUUCUAUGAAAAAUAUGAAUAUGUUAACUUUUUGCACAUGCGUGUAUAUUUUAUUUUCUUUCUUGUAGAGCAAAUUUGUAUUUAAAAAUACAUACAAUUCAUAGGAUAUAAUGCAAAUAUUUUUAAUUUUACGGAAGAAACGUUUUUUUUUUUUAUAGAAAAUUAAUAAUUUUGUAUGAAAAAAUGAUUGAAAUAAUAUGUAGGUUUUAUUUUUAUCCAUUUCUAAUAUUCAACAUUUGGUGUGAAUACAUGACAACAAAAUGUAUUUUCUUUGUUCAAAAAGACACGUAAAGACAAUUUAUUUUACUACCUAAUUAUAAAAAUGUAUUUUGCAAAUUUAAUUAUUCAAACAUUUUCAAUGACUUUUAAUAUGAUCCGAUUAGAUAAUUAAUAAUUUUAAAUUUUAAUGUGUAUACAAAAUUAAUUGGAAUGAUCUAACGAAUAAUCUUUUUUUUUUUAAAUAAAUUUUGUCACAAUUGUAUGUAGAUAUAUUUGUAUACUUGUCAAAUUAUAUUAAUAAAAAAAAAAAAAAAUAAAAAAAUAUUGCCUACUGCAUAAUAUAUGUACAUGUACAUAUCAGUAACGAAUGUGUUAUUUCAUUUAUUUCUUUUAACAUUUUUUUUUUUAAAACGCAUUUAUUUAAACAACUUUAAUGUUUCAGAAGGAAGAUUUUUAUUACGGUUUUUACGUACUAAAAAAUUCAGUUUACCAAUGGCUCAGCAAAUGUUACUUAAAUACUUGAAUUUGAGACAAAAAUAUCCUAUGUACUUCUUGAAUGUCGACUGUUUAAAUCCAUCAGUUAAUGAAAUCAUCGAUUCUGGAUACUUGUUUGUAUCACCUUUUAGGGAUAACCAUGGUAGACGGGUUAUCAUCGGUACUGCCAGUAAGUUGACAAUAAUAAUUUAUUAUCAUGUACCUAUCAUCAUUAUCUAGGUACUUUAUGUUAUAUUUAUACCAUAGGACAGGGAUUCCCAACCUUUUUUACAUAACGGCGCACUUGAUCGUUUUAAAAAUUUUCACGGCACACAAAUAAAUAAUAAUGAAUAUACAUAAUGUCAUAUUGACAUAUAAUAAAUUGUUUUAAUUUAAUAUUUUAAUGAUACAAAUUUAAUGUGAUAUUUGAGACUGGCAUUUUUUUUUACAUAAUUCCUCUAUUCGGGGUGAAACAGUUGAAACAGCAAGACACGAAUCAGGUUUAACAUUUUUCAAACGAUUUCUACCAAACAAUAGUAUCGCUUUCUGAGAAAUAGCUGGAUAUUCUGAAGCUAAAUUUAACCAGAAGGAAUCUAUGUUAUUUUUCCGACUAUUAAAUAAUAUUCGGAUAGUAGAACUAGAACACUUAUCAAUGAAUUCAUUAUUUUCGUCAUUAGUAAGAUCAAGUUCAUUCACGUUGUCUGUAAAAUCAAAUGGAAACACGACCCAAUCUGCAGAUGUUCAUUGAUCAAUGAUGGAAGAUAAUGUUCAAUAUUUUCUUCGAGUAUAAGAUGUACAAGAUGUUUAAUUAUAAGUUGUUGUAGUUCUUUAAUAUUGGUUUUCCCCAUCGUUAAUUUUGAAAAUGUUGGAAAAUUUGAAAAAUCCCCUUUAAUUAUCGACGAUUUCCAAAAUACAAUUUUGUUUUUGAACCCUCUGAUUUUAUUCGUCGAAGAAAUUAUUGUUUCCUGACGUCCUUACAUUGACGCAUUAAGAUCAUUUAGUUUUUUAAAUAUAUCAGCCAAGUAUGCCAAAAUAUAACACCAUUUUUCAUUUCGAAAAAAAUGUUUGUAUACUUUGUAUACUAUUUUCUUUUUCAAAAAAUAAUUCUAAUUCUUCUUUCAAUUCAAUAACUCGAUUAAACACUUGACCUCGUGAUAGCCAUCUUACUUCUGUGUAUAGUAAUUAAUGUAUACGAUCCAAACCCAAUUCCUUACAUUUCCUUCAUCUUAUGGCAUAAGAGGCGACUAUAAUAUGAUAUGACUGUUUAUUUAAUAUUUUUAAGAAGUCGGAAAAAGUUAAGACAUUAAACCUUGCUAAUAGGUUAGGUGAAAUUAACUAGUGUUACAAAUUAUACCUCUCAUCAACAUAAUAACUCCUAAAACUCAUAUGAAAACUCCAAAUGAUAAAACUUAUUUUACAAAAGUUCCUAAAACUUCAACUUAAAUUCAAAAAUCUAUAGGUGAGAAAAUUAGGAAAUUUAUAGUGAUUAGAUCUAUGAUUUACUUUUUAUUUUUAAUUUUUUAGAGAAAUUUGAAGUUGUUUUCGAGUUCUUAUUUAUUUUCUUUUAGAUUUGGAGCGUAGCUAGGGAUCUAUUGGUUUUACUAUGAUGUGUUUUUUUUUGUUUUGGAACGAAUGUAGCACCUUUUCUGAAAGGUAAUUUUAUCUAGUUGGUGUAUUACAAAUUUUAUGUUUUGAUUUUCUAUGGAAUUUUCAAAAUAAUAAGUCCGAAAGAAAAUUACAGAUAAAACGGCAAAUAUUUAUGGCACGCUGCGGCGUUAUCGAUUUUCUUGUUUUUGAUUUUUACAACGCAUGUUGUCUACCAGGAAUAUUGCUCCAACUGAAAAAUGUUAGGAAGCCGUUUUUUUGAUAUCUUAAGUAUUUUUCAGAAUAAUUGGGAAAAACCAAAAAAUACGAUUUUGUUUUCUUCAAAUUGCAGCACAACGAUUUCAUUAUUUUAAAUUUAUCCGGCUAAUGUCUUCUAUAAAAAAUAUUGCCCCAAUAGAAAAACGACAAGAGACCUUUUUUGUUGAAUUUUUAAUAUAGUUCGUGAGUAAGUAAUUCCUUUUUUGAUUUUUUCUGGUACUUUUUGUAAUAAUUAAGAAAAUCCGGCAAAUGAAAAAUAAAAACUGAUAAAUUUACGGCUCUAGGAUUCCUAUAUUUUAAUUUUUUUUCGGCCUACGUUUUUUACAAACAAUAUUUCUUAUUAUAUAUGCUGUUUAGUUUAAAAAAAAAAAAAUUGAGUGUAAUUUAGUUUUUUUUUUUAGCGUUUUAAAAUCAAAUCAUAUUGUAAUUAUCAUGAUGUUUUUAAACAUGUUUAGCCGAACUUCGCUCCGAAUCGUUUUUCGUUAGCAAAGGUUUAUCGUUGGUUAUAGGUAUAAAUUAAAUAACUUUAUAUAUUCCACCUUCUCAACUACCCAACUACAACAGUGGCCGUACCCGUCCCAAGUAUCAGCUCUUUUUUGUAUGGUAUGCUUAUUCUUUAUUCUUUAAAUCAACAUCAUUUUAUGAAUAUAUAUGAUACCCCGAAUUUGUAAUUUUAGAUUUGAAUAUAAUUUGUUUUUCUAACAGUAUAAAUGUUUUAUAUUAAUUUACUUAAUAUAUUACAUUUACAUCAAACUAAUGAUGUUUUAAUUAAUAAACAUAAAUAUGUAUACUAUUCAUUUUAACAUUUUUUUUUUAUUAUUAUUAACGGACUUAUUACACUUAUUAUCGCGGUAACAUGUUUUUGUAUGAAUGCGUUAAAUGUUUUGCCUAUAUUUUAAGCCGUAAAAGUGAAAAGAAAAAAUAUUAAGGCAAAUGGUUUAUGUUGUGCUAAAACCUGUACCUGUAUUUGGUUAUAUUUUUAUUUUAUUCCAUUAAAUCCACAGAAGGUUUUAACGUUCAGAAAUUUAACCGAAAAGACUUGAGUAGUGUACACGUGCUGACUUAUGAGACGUUAAUGAACGAUGAAAUCAAUCAGGUGAUGGGUUACACACACUUUGGUGAUUUUGCAACCGUUAGCCCGGCCCACUUGACUCUAUUCACACCCACUGAGUUUGCAACUCUUGUCAAAUGGGGAGAGGUAAACUAUAUUAAUUAAAUUUUAAAAUAUAACUUUUAUAUUCGCAUGUUAUAAUUAACUGUCCAUUAUUUUUGUGUAUUUUUCAUUUAGCAAUCAUAUCCUAUGAGACAUAAAUCAGCACACUUGUUGAACGUUCCAACUCCGCUUAAGUUUGGUUAUGAUUUUUUUCAAUCGAGGCUCAGUUCAAAAAUAAAAAACCGAAUGAAGGUCUAAAAAUUAUUGAUUAUAAUUUAUAACAUACCUACAGUUUUAUAAUAAAUACAUAGUAUGGUAUACUCUAUAGUAUAUAAUCUAUUGUGAAUAUGUUUUAACAAGUUGACUGCCACGGUAUUUUUAUAGAGCUAUAAUACAAAUCAAGUGAGUACCAAUUAUGGUACUCAUGGCAGUCAACUUGAUAACUAGGGAUGGGUCUUAACGUUCAUUAAAAUUUAAAGUUCGUUAAAGUUGUACCUCGAAUUUAUAAACUUUUUUUUAUGUUAUACAUUUAAAUUUUAUUUUAUUUUAUCAGAACUAUUGUUAUCAGCACAUACAGGGUGAAAGUAGUGGAACAGUAUUCAAACUUCUCAAAUUAUGCCACCACAUAAAUUAUGUGCCAUUACACUCUUCUAACUAAACGUUAAAGUGGAAAAUGUCGUCGACAGAUGAACGGAAAUUAAAAAUGUCAACACCAAAAUGUAUUUAAACUAAUAUUCCGCCAAUUUAUCGAAUUUUUAAUAUAGAUUUGAAAAUUAAAAUUAAAUAUUCGAUUCACCCCCCCCCUCCCCUCCCGAAAUAAGGAUGACAAAAAACAAUGGUAAUGUAACAUUUUAGAACCGCUUGUUUCUUAAAUUUAAUUUAAAGUUAAUUUUUUCCAAGAUAUCGCAAUGAUCAUGUUAUUAUAUUCGUGGAACAUUCUGGAAGUGUAAGCUAAAUACAAUUUAAAUUAUAUAGGUUUAUCGGUUAUUUUUAGUUAUAUUUGAUUUAUAAGAACAAAAUGUCUUGUAAACAAAAGUUUUUUUCCCAUUUUGUGUUUCUGAGUUUUUCUAGAGUACAUGAUAGUUUGUUUUUGUUUUUUUAAUUUUACUUUAAAGUUUGUGUUAUAACUUAUAAUAUGUUUAUUUGGGAUUAUUUUAUUAUAGAUCCUGGUAUAACAAUGAUUACGCCUUAUUAUGUAAUUAUUGUGCAAAGACAUUUUUUCUCAAGGGGGUGAGUUUAAUUCACACACUAUUCGUACAACGCCUUUGAGAAGGCAUUUAAGUUUAAAACAUUAUCGCUCAAAUGCAUUAAUCAAACUAGAACUUAUAAAAUUAAUACCUAAUUAUAAAGUGCACAAUUAAACGAAUAAAAAUUGUAUGCACCUAUAAACUUAAUACAAUAACUCGUAAAUUAAUUAAUAAUUUUUUUUUCCCAAUAAUAAAAAAUUAUCACAGUUUAUAUGUAUGCAUUUGAGUUCGAGGUUUAAGAAAAUCAGGGUUUUAAUCAUUUUUAUAUUUGGUAGGUAUAGAAUUUGGCAAAACAAAAUUAGAAAUAAAUCACUUUGAAUUAAGUUAAUUAUAGCUGAAUUAUUGUUUCUUAUAAAUAACAUUGGUUAUUUUUAUUACAAAACCGUGGAAAAUAAAAUAAUCAAAAUAUUUUUUAGAUAUACAAUUCACUUUCUGAAUUACACGAGGAUCUCGACAAAAAAGUUCUGCCUAAAGAAUAUGGCGGUGAAAUGCCAAUGGCCGAAAUGAUAGGUAAAUAAAUCAUUAUGUUCUUAGUAAGUGCAUGUUUUGGUAAUUUUUUUUUGUUUAGCUUUAUGGAAAAAAGAAUUGUUGGCCAAUCGUGAAGCGAUAUUUGCUUUAGACAAAAUGAAGUUACUAUCUGAUAAGAACAUUAUGACUAGAAGUAGAAGAGAAGCUCAAAAUCGUGAAUUAGUUGCUGGUUUUAAUACUUUGAACGGCAGUUUUCGAAAACUGGAAGUUGAUUAAGUAUAAAAGUAGUAUACUUCGUUCACCUAUCAUUUUUUUAUGUUCAUUUUACUUGUUAGGAUUAUUUUUUCCUAUAUUUUUUACAUAAUUGUCUCAUAUAUGUAGUUUAAACUUAUAUUUGUAUAAUAUAAAAUUGGUCAUGGUUUAAUAAUAUUAAUGUCUCAUUACUUUUUUACUAAACAAAAUAUAAUUUGUAUGAAAAUUAUUCAUUUAUAUUAUAUUUAAUAAAUAUACUAGGCAUUAUUGUUUUCAGCGUUUAAUAACUUUA